AUGCAUUUACGUUUGGCUUCGAAUCACCAUCAGCAGCAGCAUGGGUGUGAUUUGGUUACUACAGAGUCGACAACCGAGUACCGAGCAGAUACAAUGCAGUUAAUUAAGCAACCCUUGGCAGGGAUGUCAGGUGGACAACAGCAGUACCAGCAAGCACAACAUCUUCAACACCAACAACAAUCUAUACCGAAACGAACAAAACGAUUUUUUCUAUGGACGAUACUGUUAAUACAAUUUGCUUUUAUUUUAUGUUUUUGGUUAAUGCAAUUGGGUUUAAGUGGCCGCCUUAAAGAGAGCACAGGACUGAUGAUGUUGGUAAAACCAACACCACACAAUGUAAACGAGGAGGAAGAGGGACGUAUCAAUUUUAUAAAACCUGCAGCAGAAUCCUUAAAGGAUAUCAACAAUAUAGUUAGUAGUGUAGCAUCAAGCAAUCAACACUUUCAAUGGCCUUCGAGAGAUUUGAAAUUCCAACAAGAUUUUGAAUUGCAAAAAGCAACUGCAAGGUAUAACCUUACCGAGGCUGAAAAACUAAUGUAUGACGAAGCGUCGUUGUGGUGUUUCAAGGAGGGCACAUCAAAUGAUACACAAUCCGCUGCUAAUAACAAUGAUGGUGCUAAUGAAACUUGGCCAGACAAUUGCCCCUGCCUAGCCCAGUGGCAUGGCCAGGAUUGUGGCCAACCUGAAGUAAUAUGGAGGGCCCUGCUAACAGCCAAAAAAUCAUUUAAAUUACAAAAUCCCACCCAGUCCGAAGCCCACCGUUUAGUCUAUAUGUUGGAAGGUCAUUUUAUAAGUAUGGAUCUAUUGGAGUUGCAAAUACAAGCCGUCAUAAAGGUUGUGGACUAUUUUAUAAUACACUAUAAGCAGCAAUUGCCUGUAAAUAUGAACCAUUACAAAACAAUUAAAUUUAAACUAAAACAAAUGUUACCCGAACGCAAUUACAUGCUGUAUCAUUGUAAGUUGCCAAAACUUAAGAAUUGUUCCUCGGCCGAUGUGUAUCGCCAGUUUAGACAACAACAAUUGUUAAGCAAUGCCAUUAAACCCACAGAUAUAUUUAUUUACACUGACGAUAAGGUCAUUUUGAGCCAUCGAGCACUAAAUUUUCUCAAAUACUACAGUUCCAAUGUACCUUUAAUACUACUUCGUUUGAAAUUAAUUAUCUAUGGAUUUUAUUGGCAACAUCCGGAUUUAACCAAACUCGACGGUCUCAUAAGCUCGUUUCAACAAAUCGAUAACAGCAACACCGAUCCCUUAAAAUUGAAAGCCACGCUACUUCACAACCGUAUCAACACGAGACAACAGGAAUCGCUAGUAAUUGGAGAUUUGAAUCAUUUUGGUGGCUGGUAUUGUAAAUAUUGUCAAGAACCGGAAGAAGUUAUCACCGAAUUACAACAAUCUAUCGAAGUGACGAACAAUACGAACAGUAACACCCCGCCGCAGAUAUUGGAAAAUCUUGUAACAUUUCCCAAGGACAAGAAACAUUCGCUGCACAUUGACUCGACAUAUAUACAACAGUUAAUUUCCACUGGCCUCUAUUUGAAUGAUGGCUCAACGCAAUUGGUCAAAGUUCGUCGUUUUGCCGAUAAAUAUUUUGCACCCAGCUAUGCUGUACAACAGAGUUGGAAAUAUGGUCAUUUAUUGGUAAAUAUAUACGAAUCAUUAGACGAUGUCUUAGACGAUGAUAAUGAAAUGUUUUAG